AGGUCACACUUAUUGUCCAAUCUUCAUAAAACUUGGUCAGAACAUUUGUUCUAAUGAUAGCUAAGUUGAGUUUAAAAAUGGUUCCAGUCUGUUGAAAAACAUGGUCGCCAUGUGGCAGGGCAUUUUUUCUUAUAUGGCCAUAGUAAAACCUUUUUAACACUCUAAAAGUCACAUGCUUGGUCCAAUCUUCAUGAAACUUGGUCAGAACAUUUGUUUAAAUGAUGUCUUGAAUGAGGUAAAAAAUGGGUCCAGUCUGUUGAAAAAUAUGGCUGCCAGAUGGCGGGGCAGUUUUCCUAAUAUGGCUAUAGCAAAUCCUUGUUAACUAUCUAGAAGUCCCAUUGAUGGUCCAAUUUUUAUGAAACUUGGUCAGAACAUCCGCUAAGUUCAAAAAUGGUUCCCGUCGGUUAAAACUAUGGCUGAAAUUGGCAGGUCAUUUUUGCUUAUAUCCUUAUAAGGCUACAGUAAAAGCUUGUUAACUCUCUAGAAGUCACAUUUAUGGUUCGAUGUUUAUGAAAUUUGGAAAGGACAUUUUAAAUUUUGUUCUCAUGAUAGCUCGCCUGAGUUAGAAAAUGGUUAUGGUUCGUCGAAAAAUAUGUGCGCCAGGUGAUGGGGCUUUUUUCAUUGUAUGGCUAUAGUAAUACCUUGUUAACAACCCAAAACAGGCUGUCAAGAGGUCAUACUUUUUCCUACUUUUUCAUCAGGAUCCUACUUUUUUCUUCUUUUUUACCAAAUCUUCCUACUAUUCCUACUUUUUCAUUUUCAAUGAAGAAACAAAUAUUUCGUUUAAGAGUUUAUUUAGUAAACUUGCAGGAUGAAUGAAUCUAUGGCAUGACUGUAUCCCUGUUACGGUGCAUUCAUUUGGAUGAGACCUGACAACCCAUGCUGACUGUCUGCUAGCACCUCUUCAGGUUGCCAGUGACAGUUAGAUAUGGGUGUUGGGCCUCAACCAGAUGCAGUACACGAUGUCAUGUACAAUUUUGUUGACCACUUCAAUGGUAAAUAUUACGUUGGUGUCAGUGCCUUUGUGAAAGUAGUCUUAAAGGACGGUAUCCACCAUGAGGACAUUGGCUAUGGGGUCAGUGAAGGUAUGAAGUCAAAGGCACUCUCCCUGGAGAAGGCAAGGAAGGAGGCGGUCACAGACGGGUUGAAACGGGCUCUCAAGAGUUUUGGAAAUGCCAUGGGGAACUGCCUGGGGGACAAGGAUUAUCUCAAAUGCAUCAACAGAGCUCCCAAACCUUCUGCAGAACAAUACAACCUUCAGGAAAUGAUGCAUUCUGAGAUUGAUGUCAACAUACAGGAAGCUCGCAGGACCAGCCUGGUGGCAGCAGACGUGAGGAGAAAUCGCAACAACCAGUCAGAGGCCAUGACACACAUUGUUAAUGUCCAGCAGCAGAACUGUGUGCCCAAAGUGGAACCUAACCUCACUGGCUACAAUGAAAAUUACCCCAAAGUGACUGACGAGGCCAAAGAAAGAAUUCAGCCACAAUCAGAAAAUGACAGCAAAGAAAAUUGUGGUCAUUUUGGUGUGCCAAAUAUGGAGCUUAGAAGGUCUAAUAUGGACAUCAAGCCCAUGAAAUUGCCUGGGACCUCUGUACGACACAUGCAAAGAAGGUCACAAAGUAUGGUUGAGAUGGAUGAUGUUGGGGAUGAUAAAAGACAAGCAGAGUGUGCUGAUAUGAAGACCAACCCUACAGUUGGAAACCAGGGAGAAACUAACAGCCCUACACCAGGGAACACAACGGACAUGUCGAAACAAGAGAGGAUGAUGCUGAAACAGAUGAAGCAACUAGAGUUCCAGAGAAAUCUUGAAAAACAGAAAAACUCCAGCCCUGAGGAUUUGGGUGCACCCAUAGCAACGUCCACACCAGCCUUCAACCCAUUGUUGACCUCUAGUCCACACCCUGAAGGUCAACAGGCAAGGUCAAACCCAUCCACACCACUGGCAGAUAUGCAGGUUGACGGGCUAGUGGCAGAAGAUAAUUUUGAAGAGACAUCAUUCUGGAGCCAGUCCAUAGAGCUCGAUGCAGAUCAAAUAGCAAACCCUCCAGUUCAGCAAACAACAUCAGUGGCCAGCAGACGACAUCCAGAAUCCAUCAUUCCUACCUCCAACAAGGGAGCUUACCAGCAGCAGACGUCUUCAACAGGAAGUGGACCUCUACGAAGACCAGAUCCUUCAAAACCGUUUGCUAUUCCUAGGACAGUUUCAGAUUCAUCCAUAGCAGCAAAAGGAGAAGAACUGAUGCGUCCUGACAUAUAGAUGUGUUAUGGAUUUUGCUAUGGACAGAAAUUGCUAUUUAAGAGUAAUAGUGGUGAUAUUUGUAGGAUGAUGGGAGUCACAUGCAUUUUAACCCAUUUAUGCCUAGUGGACUCUCCCAUCACUCUAAAUUGGAUCAAUUUAUUUCUAAAAUUAGGGAUGUCUAGUAUAUUUAUUUCUAUAUUUAGACUAUUUCUUACAGAAAUUCCUUUAAGCAAAAAAGCGCAGACCCAGAUGAGAGGCCGCAUCAUGCGGCGUCUCAUCUCGGUCUACGCUGUUUGCCAAGGCCUUUUUUCUAGACACUAGGCAUGAUGGAUUAAAUAUCAUAAAAGAAACAAGGGACUGCAGGAAGUUUUUGUUACUCAAGAAGUUGCUUAAAAAUGAAAUUUUCAAACUGUCAUUAAUAUUAUUACAUGUAGAACUUUUUGUCUGUUAUUAUGUUUUGUUCCAAAACUUAUUUUUUAAGUUUUAUACAGCUUUUUGAUAUUAAAACAAUAUAGGGUUCAUAUAUUAGAAGUUAUUUCGUUAAAUGGUAACAGAGAUCAGCCAGUUCCCAUAUUAUCAAAGCUUUCUUGGAACAACUUGUAUUAAUUCCUCGAUUUUUUUAAUUUAUAAAAUUCUUUAAGUCUCAGGCUUUUGAGUGUUUUUGCCAUUUUAUAUUUAAAAUUUCUUACAUGUAAAACAGGAAAUAUUGCAAAAAGAUUAAUAUUCUGUCAUUUUGUAAGCCAAAAACAAUAGAUUUUAACAAGAACUUUUAUCAAAAUGUUUGUCCCAAGUACAACUUAAAAGUAACCUUUUUCCAUGGUUAAAAGCAGGACCAAAUCUUGACUUUGAAUAAUCAAUGUGCUUUGUCAAACCUAAAAUUAUGGGCAAAAUGUUCUUAAAAACAAUUCUGAAAGUUAGCAAUAAUGUUCCAUAGCUAAAAUCUAUGAAACUUAAUUUUUUAAAUAUUGGAAAAGUGUUUGCUCUCAAUAUCUCGAAAACAAAUUUAGCAUAUAUAGUGAAAAUUGAUACAAAGAUCCUCAUAUCCUGGGAUAGGACAUUGGAUGGGUGUGCAUCUUGAUAGCUAAAAUAACUUAUCUUAUAUAAACAGUUACAGUUUUUUGUGUAAAAUGUACCACAAACUCUUACAAGAAUAAAACAACUUGCGCAUGCGAUCCCUUUAAAACUCUUGAGAUUUUAACUGAGUCUAAAUAUUGUAAGUUAAUUAAAUAACAUGGUAAUUGUACAUAACAUUUGAGUUAUAAUUUCAUAUGUAAACCAUUGAUGUAAAAGAUAAAGUUUUAAAUCAAUA